AGUUUUAUUUUUUUAUUAGCUUAUUUUAGUUUGGCCAUUUAACUUGAGUACAGAAUGAUAAGGAAAUGAAAAUAUACGUUUUACAGCUCUUUUGUGUAAAAGAAAAUCUUUAGGCAGGCUCUUGUUAUUCAUCCCGCUGGGGUCUGGGGGCUCCUGGCCUUUCCUCCCUGUGGGCUGCAGGGGGAUUUAGGGGCUCCCUGGGGGUGCACUGUGGGGCUGGCUGGUCCCUGGGGUGGCUCCAGCCCCCUCUCCCAUAAAACCAGGCAGGGCUUUGCUGGUUCCAGGCACCCCGGGGCUCUCAGAGCUCCCCCAGCCUGCGGGGGCUCUUGGCACAGGGGCUUUGUCCCCAGCCUGGCUCCGCCUGCAGUGGUUCCAUGCUGUGCCCAGAUAACUGCAGUGUGCAGCUCUGCGUGCAGGAGAUAAUUUGGAGACACCAAAUUGGUGUGUGGGAGGAGAUCUCUGCGCUGGGCUGGGCUGCAUUUAUAUAAGGAGGGGGGAGGCUGUGUUUUCUUCUAUAUCCCAACCUGCUGAAAGCCUUGUUUGUUUUGAAAGGAGGGAGAAUCCCCUUGGAGAGGGGGCCUGGGUGCUGGAGGCCCCCGGGCGGGUGUGCACGGGCAGAGCACGAUGCCGUUCUUGCACGGCUUCCGCAGGAUCGUCCUGGAGUACCAGCCCCUGGUGGAUGAGCUCCUGGGGCUGCUGGCCACGCCCGACAUGGAAAGGCAGAGCUCCCUGGAGAGCCCUGCCUGCCUGGACAGUGACAGGAGCCAGUUCUCAGCUGUGAGAGGAGUCCUGGAGAGGGAGACCCACUCCCCAUUUUAUCAAGAAGGUGUGAACUAUGCCCUGCUGAAGGUCAGCGAGCUGGGGCUUGUCCCUGCUGCAGAAAUCCUCCUGGAAUUUGGUGCUGACCUCAGCUUUGAAGACCCAAUCACCUACUACACCCCCCUGCACAUCGCGGUGCUGCGUAACCAGCUGGACGUGGUGGAGCUCCUGGUGCGCCACGGCGCCGACAUCAACCGCCGAGACCGGAUCCAUGAGAGCAGCCCCCUGGACCUGGCCAGCGAGGAGCCCGAGCGGUUGCCGUGCCUGAGGCGGCUGUUGCAGCUGGGGGCCGACGUCAACGCCGCUGACAAGAACGGGAAGACAGCACUGCUGCAUGCCCUGGCCAGCAGUAACAGUGGCCAGAUCCACAACACCGACAACAUCCGUCUCCUGCUGGAAGGAGGUAAAGAAAACCUUCUCCCCUUUCUGGGCUGGCUGAUUCUUUGUACAGCACCAGGCACUGCCCUCCUGACUCCAUUAUGUUCCUGCUGGAUCAGAUUAAAGCCCAGGGGUGCUGGAGUUGGUGCUGGCCUGGCCUCACCAGCUCCUCACUGCACAGUUCUGCAGUGUCAGUUAUGUUCUUUGUCCCUUCCUGCAGGUGCAGAUGUCAGGGCUGCCACCAAAGAUGGUGACACUGUCUUCACCUAUGUCAUCUACCUGCUGGGAGAGAUGGUAUUCAGCUACACCAAGGAACAGGCCGAGGACAUCGAGCGCUUCUGCUUCUGUGUCACGCAGCUGCUGCUGGCCCACGGUGCCAACCCCAGCGAGUGCCCAGCCUCAGAGUCCCUCACACACUUCUGCUUAAAAAGCUUCAAAGACUACUUCCCAAUGCUGCGGUUCUUGCUGGAGUCAGGUGCUGCCUACAACUGCUCCCUCCAUGGUCCCUCGUGCUGGUCUGGCUUCCACAUCGCCUUUGAACGCCUCUGCUGGCACCUCAGUCGCUCUGAAGAUGAAACCUAUUUCACAGAUCUCAUCCAGAAGGGUCAGACUCUGCUGGAGCUCAUGAUGGCCAGUUCACAAGCCAUCCAGCUGCCCAGUAAUUUUGAGGUGAACACCAGCAGCUGUAGGUUCCAUGGGGAGAAGGUUCAGACUCUGUUCUGCUCUCUGAAGCAGCUGGAGCGCUCGCCACAGGCACUGAAACACCUCUGCAGGGUGUUCAUCCGGCAGUGCCUGAAACCGUGGCCAGUGGACGACAAAAUCAAAGCUCUGCCUCUCCCAGACCGGCUGAAGUGGUACCUCUGCAUUGACCAUGCUGCUGCUGGGCACGAGGGCCUGUGAGCCUGACACUGCCUGUCUGCUCCGUCCCCAGUCCUGCUGUGCCUACAGCCAGCAUGUCUCUGCUCUGAGACAGUUUUCUCUGCAGCAAGAGGUGCUGCCCGAGUCCCUCUCUGUGGCAUUCCCAGGGUUUUCUUGGGCACAACAUCACACAUGUUUGUUAAGGUCUCGUUGCUCUGGGGCACGUCAUGGGGAGGCAGGCAGAGCUCCUGGGCAUGGGGGAGCUGCAUACUGGGGCUGGUUUGGAGGGAGAUUAAGCAAAGGCCUGGGGGCAGAAUCAGUGGGUUGGGGGCUGUGACUGGACAAGCAGCCUGUCCCCUCUCUCCCAGCCCUGCUGUGGGUGGGUGAUGCAGUGCCUUACGUGUCCAAUGGAGUUGAGAGAUGCCUCGGGGUGCUGGGAGAAGGAAGAGGUGUUCUAGCCUUCCUGCCUCUGGUUCUGGUGGUGGAAGCAGGUCCAGCAUCAUCCUGUGGAUGUGGAUGCCUUCCUUGCUCAGUGUGGACUUCUGACACUGGGAAUGGGAGUGAAGGGAAGCAGGGCUGGCAACAGUGCUGGACUGCUUCACACCCUCUGAGUUUCUGCACCCCACCCUGGCACAGAGGACCAUCCACCAAGGACAUCUGAGAGUUACUGGGCUCCAAAACACACAACAGAAUGUUUCCUGACUUCAUGGUGUGUUCCCUGUGCAAGGAUGAGGAAUGGGCUGUCAGCAGCUGAGUGCCUUGUGCCUCCUUCCCCAUUCCUUGGCUCUUUCCAUUGGUGACCACUCCCAGGAUCUUGAGUGCCUCCUUCCCAGGAACAAGAAAUUGCUGCACAUGGAGGGCUCAUGUUCCAGCCUUGCCACAUCUGCCUGGCUUCCUUUCUAGGCACCUGCUUCCUCAUGACAUGCCAAAGCCUGGCCAGAGCUGAACCCCACACAGUUUUGUUGAUUCGUUUUUCAUGGGUAACAGAUGUAGAAGAUGAAGAGGAAGAAUCUGUUCUCAUUACAGACACUUUGUAUCUGAGAUUCACUGGCAGUUGGAACUGGAACUGUGUGUCCUGAUGAACUGGUGCUUAAAAAAAUCCAAUAAUGUGAUCAAAUUCUGCCCCGGAAUGGGAACUGAACCAUUAAACGAGGCCUUCUGUAAUAACA